CUAAGCCACUAACUACUUCGUUAGCUUGCUAAGUGAAGUCUUUGAAAAGGCUACAUAAAAGCUAAAUUACACAUUUUUUAAUGGUGUAGCUAAACUGCUGAGAUUUCGUUGACGUUAUUAUUACAUUAUGGAUGUUUUGCGUCCACAACUUAUAAAUAUAAAUGGGAGGAAAUAUCGAAGAAACAUCAUUAAAGAAGAGCAUUAUGAGGAGGAGGAGGAUUUCUCCUACAUGGGACCACCAGAGAGCGAGGAGCUUGCAGAAGAUGAAACCUGUGAUACACACAUAAUUGAACAGACUGAUAAAGGAUUUCGCUGUGCCAUUGAUGUCCCAAGUGUCCUGUACAAAUACAUCAUAGGGAAAAAAGGAGAAACACGCAGACGUCUGGAGUCUGACACAAAGACAUCUAUCAACAUCCCAAAACAAGGCAUAGAAGGACAGAUUGUUAUCACAGGUCCCCACAAAGCCGCGGUCUCCUCUGCAGUCACACGAAUUGAGGUCCUCAUUGAGAGUUUCCGGAGAAAGCAACCCUUUACACACUUCCUGUCAAUUCCUCUAAAUGACCCCAAAAUUCAAGAGGGAUUCCUGAAAUUUAAAGAUGACGUCAUGCAGCAGUGUUCACAGGACCACAGAGUUGAGGAAAGCAUCUUUCAGAACCCUGCAAAGCUUCACCUGACAGUCGGCACCCUGGUUCUAUUAAAUGACAUAGAAGUGAGAAAAGUGUGUGAGCAUCUUCAGGACUGUCAAAACUUCAUCAGGGACAUCACAGAAGGAAAGCCCCUGCCUUUGGAGGUGACAGGUAUAGAGUAUAUGAAUGAUGACCCAGCCAUGGUGGAUGUCUUAUAUGCCAAAGUCAAUGUGAAAGACAGAACUGACAAGCUGCAGGUGAUUGCAGACCGGCUGGUAGAGCACUUUGUUUCAGCAGGGCUGAUGGUCAGAGAGUGGGACAGAGUCAAGCUGCACGGCACUGUGAUGAACACACUGUUCAGAAAGGACUCCACAGUUGAAGACACGGGCGGCCAAGGAAGACAACCUACGAGCGCAAGAGAGGCAUUUGAUGCCAGGAACAUAUUAAAGACAUUUGGUGCUUAUCGUUUCGGAGAGUUUGAGCUGAAUACUGUCUUGCUGUCCCAGAGAUAUUCGACAGACUGCACAGGCUACUACACCUCUGCUGGAAGCAUCAACUUCUCUUGAGGUCAUCGAUGAGCAUGGCAGCGGGAUGAGAAGUGCUCAGUGUGGCCGGCUGAUGAAGAAACUCUCUGAUGUCAGUAAAAGACGGUUUCCUUCAGAUUUGGACAAGCUGAACAUGAAUGGACUUAAUAUCAAAGUGCCAUAGCAUAUUUACUCAAUGUUUUUGCUGAAUUAAAACAGAAAAAUUGACACUUGUUUCUGUUGUGUUUGGCAGAAAUAAAUAAAUGUGUAAAGCAGCCAUCCCUUAGACUGUUAAAAUGAAUUAUUGUGCCAGAAAUUCCUGAAGCGAUCCUCACAGAGUUGCCAUAUGAGGAUAUGUACAGCCACGAUAAACAGCAACGCUGUUGUAAGACAGCAAAGGGAUGUGCUGUGUUUAUUGUUGAACACAGCAAACAUUCACAGAUAAGCAACAAUUCAAAUUUUGCUGCACAGUCUUGUCUGGUGUUAUUCAAAUGAAGCUUUUCUACCCUCAACUCCUUUUGUGUAAACUGAUUGCGCUCGGUGAACAGGAUAGAUAAGUUUUAUCAACAUCUGCCUGGAGAG